GGAAGAGGAGAAAGAGGAGGAGGAGGAGGAGGAGGAGGACCAGAAGUACCAAGAAAGGCAUGAGCUCACUGGCAGGAUGGUUUCGCAUUUCUGCGCCGACCUUCGCCAGACGGCUGGGCGGCUCAAGCUGAUGCCAUUGUCGCUAUGGCGAUGUAGGCCAACGAGCCGAAGGCCGUGAACAAGAAGGCGUGAAAUGCCGCGAGGUUCCCCUCCCCGAUGCAUUUGCCUGUCUAGGAACACUGAGGUGGUGGUCGAACCCUGCCACGCAGACGCGGCAGAACUCGCAGUGGGCGGCGCCCCGAGGCCGCGUGAGGCGACACGCGGCGCACCACCGCUCGCCCGGAGCGGGAGCGGGCAGCAACUGCACCGCCUCCUGCGCCCCUCCGGGGCCGUCGGGGCUCGCCUGCAGAUCCCCGGGUCUGCGAGCGCGCAGCGCAGCAGGGCCUCCGACGUGCACGCGGUCGCGACGAUCGGAGGCCCUCUUCCGAGAUAAGCCCGCCCACCACGUGCAGCCAGUGCGCCCGAGGCGCGACCCCGAAGGAGAAGCAGAGCCCCGCGGCCAGGACGACGCCGAGCAGGACCACGGUGCAGUACCAGUGAGCACCCGACACGUACACAGCCCAGUCUCCGCGCACCCGCAGGGCGCACACGUGCCCGAGCCAUACCACCCGCCCCUUUUCGCCCGCCCCGACUGGGCCACCGAACAGUUCCGCGGGCGGCUUGCCCUCCGCUUCGUUGUCGCCUCGCCGAAUCGCCGCAGCGGCCUCCGACGGCGCCGUUUCUCCGUCGGCCGCGGCGCGUUCGCUCAUCGAGCGGGCUUGGGAGCUGCGCGCGGGCGCUGGGGCGUCGGGCCGCUGGCGGACACGAGCGGGCUCUGGAGGAGCAGGGGCAGGAUGGCGAUG